AUAACGUUUAUAUAAUUUUACAAAUGUCUUAUUUAAUUUAUUUGUUAACCAGUAUAAACCACAUGUAUAAUUUUAAUGCGAUAAACUGAUCAAUUUCACACACACGUCAUUAGUUUUGACCACGUGGUAUUUUGGGUCCAUUCAGGCUUAGAAAGAAGAUGCCGAGAGCCGUUUUGUCCGAAAAUGAACCUGGUUUUGUCGGAAUAAAAUUCUGUCAGGAAUGCAACAACAUGUUGUAUCCAAAAGAAGAUAAAGAAGUCAAGGUCUUGCUGUAUGCAUGUAGGAACUGCGAUUAUCAAGAAAGGGCAGAUAAUAAUUGUAUUUAUGUCAACAAGAUCACCCAUGAAGUCGAUGAGCUGACUCAGAUAGUGUCUGAUGUGAUUCAUGAUCCCACCUUGCCUAGAACAGAUCAGCAUCCCUGUCCAAAGUGUGCACAUCGUGAGGCGGUCUUCUUUCAGGCGCAGAGCAGAAGAGCUGAAGAUGAAAUGAGAUUGUAUUAUGUUUGUACGAAUCCAAAUUGUGCACACCGCUGGACAGAGUAGUCUUUGGCAUCAAAGUUCUCAUUAAUAAGUGUAAGUCUUACGCAAAUCGCUGUGUCUCUGGACUUGAUAAAGAUUGCAA